CUUAUACGGACAGUUCUUUGCAAUGACACAAUGGCUCCAAUAUAAAGUGUUGCUUAAUCUAAGCUAGAAGGCAAAGGAACAAAGAAACAUCAAGUGCCUGUUUGAGACCAAAGAGAACUGAAAAAGCACGUCAUUUAACAAUGGAGAAAUUUAAGGCUGCUUUGUUACUAGCAGGGGUAGGAGAUGCUUUGGGCUAUCGAAAUUUUAUUCAGGAAAACAAUGCUUUAGGUGCAAAGAUCCAAGAGGAAUUAAAAGAAAUUGGAGGACUCGGGAACCUGGUCUUGUCCUCUGAUAAAUGGCCAGUAAGUGACAAUACUCUGAUGCACAUGGCAACAGCUGAAGCUCUCAUCACAGAUUAUUGGUGCUUAGAAGACCUGUAUCGCGAUAUUGUUAAACGUUAUGUUGAUGCAGUUGAAAAACUUUCUGAGAGAAGGUCAGAUCCUGCUACUAUUGAAGGAUGCUCCCAACUGAAGCCAGAUAAUUAUCUCCUUGCUUGGCAUACACCCUUCAAUGAGAAAGGCUCAGGGUUUGGUGCAGCUACAAAAGCCAUGUGUUUAGGGAUGAAAUACUGGAAGCCCGAAAGGCUGGAAACUCUCAUUGAAGUGAGCAUUGAAGUUGGACGAAUGACUCAUAAUCAUCCUACAGGCUUCCUAGGAUCCCUCUGUGCAGCUCUGUUUGUUUCAUAUGCAAUCCAAGGAAAGCCACUGGUCCAAUGGGGAAGAGAGAUGAUGAAAGUCGUUCCAAUGGCCGAAGAAUAUUGCAAAAAGACCAUCAGGCACAUGGCAGAAUAUCAAGAACACUGGUUUUACUUUGAAGCAAAAUGGCAAUUUUAUUUGGAGGAGAGAGAGAUCAAUGAAGAAAACCAGAAUAAACCUCAUUUUCCUGACAAUUAUGAUGCUGAAGAAAGAGAAAAAACUUACCGGAGAUGGAGUUCUGAAGGUCGUGGUGGAAGGAGAGGUCAUGAUGCUCCCAUGAUUGCAUAUGAUGCUCUCUUAGGAUGUGGUGGUGAUUGGACAGAGCUUUGUAACAGGGCAAUGUUCCAUGGAGGCGAGAGUGCAGCUACGGGAUCAAUCGCUGGCUGCUUAUAUGGUCUCCUCUAUGGCCUCAACAAGGUUCCUAAAGGCUUAUACCGGGAACUUGAGCAAAGGGAGAGGCUCGAAAACAUGGGGGAAAGUAUUUUCCAACGAUCUUCAGAGGAAAAGUAAAGAUACUUUUAAUUUUUUAUUUUAUAAUAAACUGGUAACCACUUUUGAAAACAAAUUUGCAGGAGGCAAAAAAGAAAAGACCAGAGGCCCCCUUUUGUUUAAGAUUAUACUAUUCAGUAAUAACAAUGUGCUCAUCUUCCCCCGGGACAUUAGGAUCGUUGCCCUGAAGCAUUUAAGCACUGUUGGCAGUCAGCGUUUUAGAAUACCUUUAAAAAUUAUCUAUGUUUCUUCAAAGGUAGAAUCUUGGCAUCCAUUUUAAAUAAUAACUCUUCUAAAAAAAAUUAUAUGACAUGAAUUUCUGCCUCACUUUGUUAAUUAAUGUCACCCUGUCAUCUGUAUGCUCAUUUUCACUUAUGCAUAUAAAAAUAUCAUGCUAUCUACACCCCAGAGAUUGCUUUCAUCACCCCUCUAAAAGAGCAUUGUUACUUUUUCAUGCACUCGUUUUCCCUGAAAUUCUUAAUCCGCACUCCUGUCACUUCCUUUUAAUGUGACUUCUGUGUCAGACUUGCAGUACCAUUCUUUUAAAGAGGGAGAGCUAGAGGGAGAGCUAACACCAGGAAGCGAUCCAAGAAAAGGCAGAAAAUAGUUAUCCAAAUCAUUCAAAUAAAUGUAAAAAAAAUCCACAAAAGUACAAUGGUUCCUAGUUUAGCCUUUCAGAUUUUUCAAUGCUAUUUUUUAAAAAGACAAAAUUUGUAAUUCUUUGGGUAGCUAAAAUUCUUGUAAAUAAA